CCUGAUGCCCUCAUUUGACAGAUGUGGAGAUCGGCACUUGGAGAAGGCAGGUGGCUGUCUAAAGAUCCCUUGAGCAGCUGGUGGGUGAGCUGAGGCCAGAAUCCACGUCUUCAGGCACACCUCCCAUCUCAUAACUGCUGCCAGUCUGCGAGGGCAUCCUGCGGGCAUCUCGCUCACUGGCCAUGAACUAUGUGGGGCAGCUGGCAGAGACGGUGUUUGGGACAGUCAAGGAGCUGUACCAGGGCCUGAACCCAGCCACGCUGAGUGGUGGCAUUGAUGUGCUGGUGGUGAAGCAGGUGGAUGGCUCCUUCCGAUGCUCGCCCUUCCACGUGCGCUUUGGCAAGCUGGGUGUCCUGAGGUCGCGGGAGAAGGUGGUAGACAUCGAGAUCAACGGGGAGCCGGUGGACUUGCACAUGAAGCUGGGAGACAGUGGGGAGGCCUUCUUUGUCCAGGAGCUGCAGGGUGAUGAGGAGCACAUGGCUACCCACCGGUGCACAUCACCCAUCCCUUGUGGGGGCCUAGCUGCGUUCCCGUCAGCCUCCCAGCUGGGAACCGCCAGUGAGUCUGAGGCCAUCAGUGAGGACGUGGCCUCCAUGGGACGGAAGAAGAGGCGUCGCAGGAGGAAACCCAGGAGAAAGGAGGGCACCGGGGCAGCCAAUUCUAGUUCUGAGGAGCUGGAGCCAGGCACCGACAGUGAGCCAUCCCUGCUGGAAAAGCCAAGACCCGAGCCCCCAGGAAGUGUCCAGUCAGAAGGGGAGGAGUCCUCACCACAACCCAAAGACAUCUACCCCUACUCCGAUGGCGAGUGGCACGCCCAGGACAGUAUCUCAUCAGGUGGGCUAACGUCACCUAAGAGCGACUCAGAGCUGGAGCUGCGGACCCCCGAGCCCAGUCCCCUGAGAGCUGAGUCCCACAUGCAGUGGGCCUGGGGGAGGCUGCCUAAGGUGGCCAGAGCAGAGCGGCCUGAGUCCUUGAUGGCCCCCAUGGGCAGCACCGGGGCCAUCCCUCCUCCUCAGGACGAGCCUAGCACCCCCUGCAUCUCUCUGGCUGGCACCGACCUCGUUCAACCUGACAUGGAGCCCCCCACUCUGGUGGGCCCCCCUCUUCCUGCCCCUAAGAGAGAAGAAACCAAGACUCAGAGCUCCAGGGAAACAGGCCUCCCUCCUGUGAUGAAAUCACUGAGCUGGGCUGCUCUCGAGGGCCCCGUUUCCUCUGGGCAGGCAGAAGGGGUCUCCAGGAAGAGAGGGUCCCUGAAGAGAAACCAGCACCUGGGCCCCAGCGAUAUCUACCUGGACGACUUGCCCUCUCUGGAUUCUGAGAAUGCAGCCCUUUACUUCCCCCAGAGUGACUGUGCAUUGGGGCCCAGGAGGUGGAGUGAACCCAGCAGCCAGAAGCCCCUGAGGGACUCCAACCCUGAACAGGAGCCAGAACCCAGUCUGGACACAGUGGACCCGAUAGUGCUGUCCCUCUGUGGUGGACUGGCUGACAGCCGGGACAUCUCACUGGAGAAAUUCAACCAGCACAUCAUCUCCUACCAUGACCUCGCCAAAAACCCCGGCCUCCUGGACGACCCGAACCUGGUGGUGAAAAUCAAUGGGAAGCAUUAUAACUGGGCUGUCGCUGCCCCCAUGAUCCUCUCCCUGCAAGCCUUCCAGAAAAACUUACCCAAGAGUGCUGUGGACAAGCUGGAGAAGGAGAAGAUGCCCCGGAAGGGUGGGCGGUGGUGGUUUUCCUGGCGACGCAGGGACUUCCCAGCUGAGGAGGGCAGUGCCCAGAGGGAGAAAACUGAAGCCAGGGAGCAGCAUGGGGAGAAGACCGACAUCCUUAGCAGCGAGGACGACUCCCCAGACAGCCCCGUGAUCCUUGAGGCCCCCUCCCUGCCCCCGUCGCCUCCAGCCUACACUCCCACCUACAGGAAGUCCCUCCGCCUCUCCUCCAGUCAGAUUCGGCACCUGAACUUGCAAGAAGGUGCCAAUGAUGUGGUCUUCAGUGUGACCACCCAGUACCAGGGCACCUGCAGGUGCAAGGCCACCAUCUACUUGUGGAAAUGGGACGACAAGGUGGUCAUCUCGGACAUUGAUGGCACCAUUACCAAGUCAGAUGCUCUGGGCCACAUUCUGCCACAGCUGGGCAAAGACUGGACACACCAGGGCAUCGCCAGUCUCUACCACAAAAUCCACCUAAAUGGGUACAAGUUCCUGUACUGCUCGGCACGGGCCAUUGGCAUGGCUGACCUCACUAAGGGGUACCUGCAGUGGGUGAGCGAGCGGGGCUGCGGCCUCCCCAAGGGCCCCAUCCUGCUGUCUCCCAGCAGCCUCUUCUCCGCCCUCCACAGGGAGGUGAUUGAGAAGAGGCCAGAGGUGUUCAAGAUUGCCUGCCUGAGUGACAUCCAGCAGCUGUUUCUGCCCCACAGACAGCCCUUCCAUGCUGCCUUUGGGAACAGGCGGAAUGAUGUCACUGCCUACCGGCAGGUGGGCCUACCUGAGUCUCGCAUCUUCACCGUCAAUCCCCGGGGAGAGCUCAUCCAGGAACUCAUGAAGAACCACAAAUCCACGUAUGAGCGGCUUGGCGAGGUGGUGGAGCUCCUCUUCCCACCUGUGGCCCGUGGCCCCAGCACAGACCUGCCCAACCCUGAAUACAGCAACUUCUGCUAUUGGCGGGAGCCGUUGAUCACUGUGGACCUUGAUGUCCUGGCCUGAACCUGCCCUGGCUGCCAUCACCUCCCUACCUGGCCCAGAACUGACUGGGCAUCCCAACGCCACAGGGCCAACCCACCGAAGGGGACAAGACCCACCCUCCUCCCUGGCCUGUCUCCUGUGCCAGCCAAGCUGCAGGGGGUAGGCAGCUGGUCCAGGCCUCAACAUGGCCUGGGCCUGUAGCAAUUAAAAUGACUGUUACCUGGC